AUGGAAGGAAACGAGGGACAUGGCGCUAACGUUCAACGUGAGCCCAGUCCCUGGGAGCUGGAGGAAGCUAGGAACGUUGAUUGGGAUGAAAAGGUACUGCAAAUGUCUAAUGUGGAUAUCUUACAAUUCACCACUACAACGUUCGAAUGGCCAGUUAUGCCGAUACUAAGGCCCGAUUUUCUUGGGAGAAUUUCAUGUUUCUCCAGCUGUCUAGACAGUGAACGUUGGAUGCGUUUGUUCACAACAAUAGAACAAGCCCAACGCACACGUAAAUGUGUAGUUUUUCCGAAUGUUAGAGAAGAUUUAAUGAAGUUGGAAGUGCUGUUGUUUACCAAACAGGAAUAUGAAUUGAGAUAUGAAUUAGCUAGGGGGCUAGUGUUCCAAAUAUGGAAUAAUCAUGGACCUAAAGAUGCUCCUUGGUAUUCAAAACUGAUGCAGCUUGUUCGAGAUAUUGAUGCGUGUUGCUUCAUACGUCGUCUUUUGGAUUCACAAUGUGCAAUCACAUUGACACCUAUGGUAACGCCAUAUAGCGACGUCGAUGAGGUCGUUUUUGCAUUCCUUCAGCCGUUUUUCGAGGGCGAGACAGCUUGGUCACCUUAUAUAGAAGGAGAGCUCAUGUACCGUCUUUCAGCAAGAGGGUUCAUUACGGUCGCUGUGAGUGUGGAGGCAUUUAGACACCCAAAGAGGUUGCUGGUGCCAAAAAUGCACAGCGAGCGUGCAUAUCUUAGACCUUUAUGGAUACGUAUGACAAAAGCUGGCAAACGAGCCGCUCGUAACCUUAGAGUGACUAUGGACACGGUAUUCCACCGGGUUAUCAGGGGGAUAGUGCAGCAGCACGGUGAAAAUUGGAUGUACCCUGAAAUGCAGCAAGAGUUCAACAUAAUGUACUAUCAGCGACACCGUUUUAAGAAUCUCAAAACACGUCUACAUUCUGUGGAGGUUUGGAAAGGUGGUGAGCUUGUCGCCGGCGAAAUCGGCUGUAAGUAUCUUUUCUACCAUGAUAAGUGGACCGCAGUUGCGACGGGGGCUGUAUACACCAGUGUCACUGGAUUCCACAAUCUAAAUUCAUCAGGGACGUUUCAAUUGUAUGCAUUGGCUGCUAUUUUGCAUUUCCAAGGCAUCGAGGUGUGGGACUUGGGUAUGGAGAUUCCUUACAAACGUAGCAUCGGGGCAACAACAAUGUCCCGAACUAGGUUCAUCGAUACCUUUAACCACUGCAAGACUAGGGAACGAGAUGUGUGUGUUCCAGAGCGCUUCCGGGACUGCGAAAAUGGCGUUCAACUUUUGGAAGAGCUGGAAACGGAGCAGCAGCUUCGCGAGGAGCUGCUGGAGUUCUAUGCGUAUGCGACUCUUAAACAGCAACAUGUAAUUAUGAUUUGUGCAGGUGCGACUUUGGGUGCUAUAGUGGGUAUUAAAAGUCGUCGUCAACGUGUUGCAUCCGGCGAGUUCAGCGACAACUUAGAACUGGUGGCAUAUAACACAUCUUCUGUCAAGGAUUUCGAAUCUAACUGGAAUCGUUUAGCUAGACUAGCACAGCGUUCUUCGGAUUACAAAUAUACCCGUCUGUAUAAGGCAGUAAACUGGGAUGAGCCCCUGCCGCAUUACUUACAGCUGCGUCUAUGGAAGUAUGACAACUCUCUCGACAAUUAUCGCAAUAGCCCAUCGUAUAGUAACCUCGCAAAGAAGGUCGAGGGUGCAGCAACCGUUGUCCAGACUGCUAGACCUGUGACAGUGAUAGACGACUCCGUUCGUCGCGGCAUCCCUUUUUAA